AAGUUCGUGACAUUAGAUGGCAAUCGAAUCGAAAACAUCUUCAUAUCCUGUCUAUCCUGUUUCUUUUCCUAGUGAUAAGAUUGAAAUAGAAAGGCGCCGGUUCUCGAGAAGAAGCUGAUAAACUUGCAAUUCAUUGUUCGCACUCUACACAUGGAACUCUCCUUUCUAAUAAUAUUUUGGUGUUUAACGUUUUGUGUUAAAUGUGUAGCCUAUACUUCUGAUAAGAAUUCAGAAGAAGACAACGGUUUCUACAAGUUUCUGUCGGAUUCUUUUCAGAAAGAUGAAGAAAUUCGCCGGGCUCCCCUUCCAAAAGAACGGAACAAAGUUAAGAAUGAGCACGAGCCAGUGAAACUGGCGGAUACAGUUCAAUUACCAGGUGGCUACAAUCCUCUUCCUGGAAGAACUUCCUUUGGUGAUUACUGGCCUCUAAUGCCCAUGUCAAACCAAUAUCAUGCAGCGGUGACCUAUGAUACCUCAAAAGGAAGGCAUGUUGGCGGAGAUAUACUUAUUCCCGUUCCAUAUUGGAAUAAUUUUUUAAACAUCGGAGGACAUUACAUCGAACGUUUCCAGGAAGAAUGGGUUAAAGUCGGGUACAUUAAUAGCCCAGUUAACAUGCUCGGACUUACAAAGGACCAAAUAGCAAGACUACUCUCAGAUCCAUCACUGCAUUAUAAUAGACAAAUCCAUCCAAAACUACCAGUAGGAGCUCUUCCGCGAGAAUACGAGCCAAUAGCCUGUAAGCCUCCAUUAUGUAACCCGUAUCAAGGAACUCUUGGAGUUGGGGUAGAAGCAAAUUACCACAUAGAGGACGGAGUAGAAGGCGAAUUAGAUCUGCCCAUUCCAAUUGGAAAAGACAUUGCCUAUCGAUUCCCACUUUCUGGAAAUAUUCACUAUGAUCAUGAUGACACAUCCGUUAACUAUGGUCAACAUUUGAGUCCUCUUGAUCCAUUAUUUCCCGGUUUUCCGGAUGAAAAUAAGCCCAAUAAGAGAACAUUCAAAUUUCAAACCACGCAAUAAGUCGAAUGGAUUAAUAACAACUUUAAUAAUAUCGUUUAAUAAAAGACCAUCUGUGUUUUUGCAAA